AUGUUCAGCUCCAUAAGAAACGCUGUCAAGGGCAGCAGCAGCAUGAGAUCGUUCUCUACUGCCAAAAACGCGGCUUCAAACGGUUGGAUCCGCCGCGCAGGCGUCGCGGGCGCCGUUGCCACCGGUAUCGCCGCUUCCACCGCUCUAUACGCCGAUUCUCUCACUGCAGAGGCCAUGACCGCUGCCGAGCACGGUCUACAUCCUCCUUCGUAUGCCUGGGCCCACAACGGUCCUCUCGAGACUUUCGACCACGCUUCCAUCAGAAGAGGUUACCAGGUCUACCGUGAAGUGUGUGCCGCAUGCCACUCGCUCGACAGAAUCGCUUGGCGUACAAUGGUUGGUGUGUCCCACACCAACGAAGAAGUGCGUGCCAUGGCUGAGGAAUUCGAGUACGACGAUGAGCCUGAUGAGCAAGGUAACCCCAAAAAGCGUACCGGUAAGCUUGCCGACUACAUCCCAGGUCCUUACCCCAACGAACAGGCUGCUCGUGCUGCCAACCAGGGUGCUUUGCCUCCCGAUUUGUCGUUGAUUGUCAAGGCCAGACACGGUGCUUCGGACUACAUCUUCGCUCUUCUGACCGGGUACCCUGACGAGCCUCCAGCCGGUGUGGUGUUGCCUCCAGGCUCCAACUACAACCCUUACUUCCCAGGUGGUUCCAUUGCCAUGGCGCGUGUGUUGUUCGACGACUUGGUCGAAUACGAGGACGGCACCCCAGCCACCACUUCCCAGAUGGCCAAGGACGUUACUACUUUCUUGCACUGGUGCAGUGAGCCUGAACACGACGAAAGAAAGAGAUUGGGUUUAAAGGCUAUCAUUGUGUUGUCUUCGCUAUACCUACUUUCCGUUUGGGUUAAGAAGUUCAAGUGGGCCGGUAUCAAGAACAGAAAGUUCGUUUACAACCCUCCUAAGAAAUGA